GGGAAUUAAAGUCCAGUUGCCAGGGGAUGACUUGUCGCAAACCUAUCAAGUGUCUGUCUGCUCAGCCCUGCUGAAAUGUCUCCAUGUAAAAGGGAAAUUAUUACCUAUUAUGUCCCCUUUCUCUGUGUUGGACACUUUUGGGCCACUUGUCACUAAAGCCAGAUUGAAAAACAGCUUACUCAGAGGGAACCCAGCAAGUCCUCGGACUGCCUCCUUUAUCCUGUGCUAAUGGGAGCCAAGCUCAUCUCAUGUAUUGUAUUUAGGUAAAAGACAUUAAGGAUUGUUAGUACAAUGUCUGUCUGGUGUAGACUGUGCCCUGGUUAUCUGUGCCUUAGUGUCUCCACCGCACACCACUAUUUGCACAAUCCAGCGGUUACUCUGAGAGCAAAUGAAUCGGUUUUCUGCCAAAGCACUGACCUCCUGUGAUUGAUUGACCUGGCGAACAGCCCUCUGCUGACAACGAGGUAUAAAAAAGGGACUUCUGAGUAAAUGAAUGACAGUAGAUUCCAAACUGCUUGGAGCCAUGAGGGUGAUACUGCUGGCUGUGGUUUACAUCCCGUUCACCGUGGCUGUGGAACGAAUCCCCCUUGUUCGAUUCAAAUCUAUCAAGAAACAGCUGAAGGAAAAGGGAGAACUAGAAGAAUUUUGGAGGAAUCACAACCCUGACGUUUUUGCCCGGAGGUACCUGCAUUGCUUCCCUGCAGAUAUUGCCUUAUCAGUAGGAACCACUUCAGAAAUGCUGUAUGAUUACAUGAAUGCGCAGUACUACGGAGUUGUGAGCGUUGGCACGCCGCCCCAGAGGUUCACCGUCGUGUUUGACACCGGCUCCUCCAAUUUUUGGGUCCCUUCUGCUUAUUGCAUCAGCGAAGCAUGCAGGGUGCACCAGAAAUUUAAGUCUUUUCUCUCGGACUCGUACGAGCACGGUGGGGAAGCCUUCUCCUUGCAGUACGGCACGGGACAGCUUCUGGGCAUUGCUGGCAAAGACACGCUGCAGAUAAGUAACAUCUCCAUCAAGGGACAGGACUUUGGUGAGUCGGUGUUUGAGCCAGGAACAACCUUUGCCUUUGCCCACUUUGAUGGUGUGCUGGGCUUGGGCUACCCCUCCUUAGCAGUGGGCAAUGCUCUGCCCGUGUUCGACAGCAUCAUGAACCAGCAGCUGGUAGAGGAGCCGGUCUUCUCUUUUUAUCUGAAAAGAGGAGAUGACACCGAGAAUGGUGGUGAGUUGAUUCUGGGGGGGAUAGACCAUUCUCUCUACAAAGGUUCAAUCCACUGGGUCCCAGUCACCGAGAAAAGCUACUGGCAAAUACACCUGAACAACAUAAAGAUCCAGGGCCGGGUGGCAUUUUGCUCCCACGGCUGUGAAGCCAUCGUUGACUCAGGCACCUCUCUUAUCACCGGCCCCUCUUCACAAAUCAGGAGAUUACAGGAGUAUAUUGGGUCAAGUCCAUCGCAUACUGGAGAGUUUCUCAUAGACUGCAGAAGACUGUCCAGCUUGCCUCACAUAAGCUUCACGAUCGGACACCGCGAGUACAAGCUGACACCAGAGCAAUACAUCAUAAUGGAGUCUAUUGAAGACCAAACCUUCUGCAUGAGCGGCUUUCAGUCUCUUGACAUCACCACUCGCGCCGGCCCGCUCUGGAUUUUAGGAGAUGUCUUUAUGUCUGCAUUUUACUGCAUUUUUGACCGUGGGAAUGACAGAGUGGGAUUUGCAAAAGCUGUUCAUAGAAAGGAUUCCUACUGAGUUGUGAUAAUGUUUAUUGUGCCUUAACCUGAAUCUUAAUGUAAUGGUCUUUAACACAUGUGUGAAGAAGGGCUUUAACUGAAACUCUGGACCUAAAUGCAGUUGUGUUGACCCCUUCAGGUUUUAAGGGUUUUGAGGUGAUCCUUGUCCCAAAUUAUACAGUUUGGUUCAAUUUCUGUAUGUUUACAACUGAGAAACAUUUUUUUCCGAACAACUGAUGGACACCGCAGCUUUCGGGAUGAAACAGAAACAGCUCAGCACUCAGUUUUGCAAAAAAGAGAAGGGAGAAUAAAAAUUCUGAACAGUGCGAGGCUGAGAAGAUAGCAGUUACGAGUGGGGGAAACUAGUCCCUGUCUGGCCUGGGUAUCCUUUUUUCUUCCUGAGUGCUAGUUUCCACCUCACUUUCUGUUGACUUCCUUUUCCUCAUUAUUUUCCAUGAUUGGGGUUUUGUCCAACCUCAUUUCCUCAUUGCCACAUAAAUUCUCUUUAUAUGGGCUUGCUCCAACCAAUUUAUAUAAAGAGGAAUGUGACC